ACUGCUUACGCUGCUCGACGUUCGAUUGCUCCUGUCUGAAUGAGCAGCCGCUGCUCGUGGCUUCAGCUGAACAUUUAACCACUGAACAAACAGAAGCUGCUGAUUUUCUCUCUGUGACCCGGUGAACGAUGGCGAACGACUCCGUGAAACUCUCCAAAAACCUCCUGCGUAUGAAGUUCAUGCAGAGAGGUCUGGAUGCUGAGACGAAGAAGCAGCUGGAAGAAGACGAGAAGAGAAUCAUCAGUGAUGAACACUGGUAUCUGGACCUGCCAGAGCUCAAAGCUAAAGAGAACCUGAUCAUAGAGGAGAGGAGUUUUGUUCCCUGUGAGGACCUGAAGUACGGCCGCAUGUCCUUCAAAGGUUUCAACCCUGAAGUGGAGAAACUGAUGGCGCUGAUGAAUCCCAGAGAUGAAGAGGAGAAACAGAAAGAGGAGGAGGUGAGCAGGAUGCAGACCGACGUCACAGAUGAAGAAAUGGCUCUGAGGUACGAGAGUUUAGUUGGGAGCAUGAAGAAGAAGUUUGUGAAGAAACGUGAGCGAGCGGCGAUGGAGGAGGACCUGAACCAGAACGUCGUAGAAACAAACACAAAGAAAGCUUUUGUGAAACCUCAGGACUGAACUGAUGAUGAGACUCAGAAACAUGUUUUUAUGUAAAGAACUCAGGAUGAAUGUUUUUUUACGGCUGUGCAGCAGAGACUGUUUUCUACAGAGGACACGAUGAGGGAGAGGAUGUUCUUCAUCCUGAUUUUAAACACAUGACAGUGUUUCCCAGUCUGUGCAGCAGAGCUGAGGCCUUCAUUAAACACAUGGCUCAGUGUG